GGUGAUGUACUUGAGCCAAUGGGCGACUACAAUUGUCAACCGACAGACGAGCAAAUAGAGAAAUCAGAAGAAAAAUAUUUAGAAGCUGUAGCAGCAUUUAAAGACAAUGAUUUCGAAAAAACUAUUAAACUUUGUACAGAAGCAAUACUCUUAAAUCCACAAUCAUCCUUCUUAUAUUCCAAAAGAGGACAAGCCUAUUUGCAAAUUAAUAAACCACGCUUAUGUAUUCGUGAUUGUAAUCGUGCUCUCGACUUGAAUCCUGAUAGCCAUAUAGCCUAUGAGUUUCGUGGCAACAGUUACCAACUUCUUGGAAAGUAUGCAGAUGCAGAGAGAGACUUAAGCAAGGCUUCUAAGUUAAGUUUAACUAAUAAUUCCGGAAUAUCAAAGUCAGCGUCAGCCACGGCUACUGGGACAGCGAACGCAAACGCGGCUCCUGGCAAUUUUCCGAAUUUGGGCCAAUUCAGUCAUCUCCUUACGGAUCCCACUUUUUUAGCGGCUUUUCAGGAUCCAGAGAUACAGGCAGCAUUCCAGGAUGUUUUAAAAAAUUCUUUCAAUAUAUCAAAGUACCAGAAUAAUCCUAAGGUUAUGGGACUCAUCAACAGUAUGCUUUCGAAAUUUGGCGGAAGCAAUCCAAACGCGGGUGCGACGGGCAAUUUGGGAAAUGCAGGAAACCCGGGCAACUUGGGUAAUUUGGGUAACUUAGGAAAUCUCGGUAACUGGGGUAACUUGGGAAACCUAGGUAACUUGGGUAACUUAGGCAAUUUAGGCAACUUAGGCAACUUAGGUAACUUAGGCAACUUAGGCAAUAUGGGUAACAUGGGACUUCAGGAUAUCUUGGCCAAUUUGUCCAAUAAUGCUGGUGCAGCGGGUGGAACGACGCCACGAACGCAGCCUCCACCAUCCAAUUACGAUGACUUGCCCGAUUAAAUGCAUCAAACGAUUAUGCAGCUGAAUUCUUAAUUGUGCGGCUGCUCUCAAGAUGUACGUACUAUUAAGAUGUUCACGGAUGACUUUAUUCUUUCCAUGCAAGAGACAAUAAUGAUUGACUUGUAGCUGCAUUUUUUAUUUAAUAUUUUAUAUAUAUAUAUUUAUUAAAAAUGAUGCAAAUUUCAGUGAAACACAAUAACAAUGUACUUUGGAAUGUAAAUUUACGCUUUCGUCUUUCCACUUUAUUGAACACCGUCGAACUAAUGAAUUUAUC